AUGGGCAUCCUGAAGUUUUUCUCUUCCAAGAGGCUGUCGGACAAGCCGUCAAACGGUAUCAAGGUUCAGGCCUACGAUGCCACCACCGCCUCCCUCCCCCCGCUCUUAGGUAGGAUUGGAUACAACCUCGAUCGGCUUCGUGAAUCCAGCUUACACGGACUAGGGACGUAUCCUGUGGCUGGGAAUGGCCCAACCAAUGUCUUUGAGAGCCUCCAGCGGUCUCAUCACAAGAUGAGCGAGACCAAUUUGUCUCUCGCAGCAGGCUCUGACACAGCAGCUCCAGCCCCGCCCGUUCCACGAUUCCGCGAUGCCAGUGUCGAACGCCCAAGUUCCGCCCCCGGCAGCGCCAUGUUUGACGCGUCCCCGUCAGGCCGGAGAGGGAGAGAUUCAUCGAGGGGCUCGCCGCUAUCGUUUAGAAAAUCACGAGUUGGAUCGGUACCAUCUACGACGUCGGGCUUAUCUCCCACGCCGAAGCGGAAAACCAAUUCGCCGGCCGUCCCUUUUGAAGGCGACCCGUUCCGACCUCCAGCAGCUCCGUUUUCACAUUCUCGCCAUUUCUCCUUGCAAAAUACCGGCAUGGCUGCGAGGGGCUUCAUCGACCUGCUUGACGCCCAGUCCGAGAUCAAGCCCUCCGGCUUCCAAAGUCGGGUGAAGGCGUCGGGAGUGAGGGAUUACGGCGAAGAUGUUGCCGACAGGAACAUUGGUGAAAACGGGGUCGAUCUGACGUCCGAAAGGGUUCGGGCAUUCUAUGCAUCAACGAGCACUCCGCGAGCCCAAUAUACGGGGGUGUUCGCGUCACCUUCGGUGAGGGGCUCUCCUACGGACAAGCAUGAAAGGUUCCAGCCUUCCCGGCGCCUCCACUCCAUGGAUACCGAAGGCCGCACAAAGUCUCUGACCACAUCGAGCGCCCAAGUCGCAUUCCGUACCAACAUGUUCAAUCCAGAGAGCUCUAUUAGCCGUGAACCAAUCAUGGAGUCCGUUGCCGAGUCCGUUCGCGUCCGGCGAAGGCAAUCGCUUGGUGCCUAUAUCCCAGUCACGCCGUCGUCACUUGCGACAGACGGGCCGCUAGAUGCUCACAGGUUGACAGUGGACACGGAUGGCCCCCAACGUGCCAGGCAACACAAAAGACGGUCUACACUCAGCGGCGAAGCACCAAUGAACGAACUGGGCAUUUUCUCGGCUUCGGUCGGAGUAAAUGCCGAGUCUUCGUCAUCGUCAAAGACGCUCCCCAAACCAGCGUAUCUGGUCAAACACAACUAUUCGUUGCCUGUACAGCAACGCCCGAAAACCUCGGGCCAUACUCCUGUUGAGUCGUAUCAUGGGGUGAGGCCGCCAUCCCGCGCAGGGUCAGUAGCCAGUUCCAAAUUCUCCUCCCCAACCCAGAAGUCGCCAUCCCAACAGCACACCCUGUUCGCCACAGGUGCAGCUGCCCGCCAUACCGAGCGGCCGCAGAGAGCGAUGCCCGACGGAGGGAGUGGCACGAGAGGAUGGGUCGGCCGAGUUGAGGUCGAGGGCUUUGUUGAUUCUGCGGAUGUGGCCUCGCCGGCGCCUUCACCUCAUGUGAUGAGAAGUGGCCACUCGUGGCGUGAGAAUCUAGACGACUCGUGUCAACGACCAAACAUCCAUGGUUCUCCGUAUGGAAAAGGCAAGCUGGAUGAGAUUUACGAGCAUGUGCCGCUACGUGGAAGCAGUUUGCAUCAUUGGUCGGCGUCGUCCGCAACACCGACAAUGUCAAGCACCAGCUCCUUUCCGCGCCCGCAUUCCCGACAUACCACGACGACCUCUGUGGAUCUGGCGACAAUGUCAUCAUUUAUGAACGAUAGUCACAGUUCGCUACUCAGCGGCACGGGAGACCACACCUCGUUCCGCACAGCCCUCGAGAGCGCCUUGCCGUCACCCAUUGACCUGGCGGCUUCCGGCGGCGGCUUCAACAUCGACGACUAUCUCUCGUCCGACGACGACAUCGACGCGGACUCGUUCAUCACCACCCGCAAACGAGACUCUGCUCAUAGCGGGGGCCACGAGGACGAGCUCCUGUUCAGCGACAAAGGUUACGGUGAAGGAGGCCUGCAGCUACCGGGGCUCUUCGAUAGCCUUUGCAACGUCCCGGAUCCAGACACAACGUCUCCCGAGCGCCCCAGCCUGCGGUACUCGCUCAGCAACACCAGCCGGUUUGCCAAGAGGCUGUCGCUGGACCCCUGGAUCGAGGCACCCACAUCACCCCUCGACGAGGAUGAGGACGAGGUCGACGACAUUUACGAUAUCCCGAUGAGGUCGGACCUGGCGCUCGGUCGCAGGGGCACGCGGAGGAUCUCGGCGCUGGGGACCAUGUACCAGAGCAUCGAGGAGGAGAAGGAGGAGAAGGUCGAUGUACGGACAGCCGUGCGGCUGCGGAAGGAGGCCAAGGCGCGGCAGCGGGCGAUGACUAGACGCAGCAAGUCGCAGCAGAGACGCCCUGACGAUGUCGAGGAGAAGCGCGGCGGGUGAAUGAGGGAGUGAGUGAGUGAGUGGUGCUGCUCGAUCGCACAACACACUUAUCCUUUCAUGAGUUCGACAUGUUUCUUUAUUUACAGAGUUCUUGCGACGGGAAAAGGGCGGUGGGGGGGCUUGCUUAUUUCGCGUUUAGACAACCACAUCAAAGGAGUUUUGAGUUAUACCCAGGGAAAUUUUGGACGAGACAAGGUAUCUAAGGACCAGACAAGCGAUCCUGGGUUCGGGGGGAGGGGGUUGACAACGACGGAGCCAUUGGGCAGAGGCGUUGUUGGGAGUAAAUAGAUACUCCUGACGGAGAUACCAGUAGAAGUUACGAAUCAUGUCUUGUCGUUGAUUGUUUGUUUGUUACACAAUAGAGCCACACGAUUCCUCUGAUCAAGCCACUUCGAGCAAUUAUCAAUUAAAACCGUGUCAACGAAGCAACACAUACCAUCAUUAUCCCCGUGGGGAAAAAACUCCAUUGCGCCACAUUCGCUCCACAGGAGUUUAUUAUCGACAUCCUGAGCAGGCUUCAUUCACCCUUUCCACUACGGGAUGAUGGGGGGGGACUGGGUUUGGAGCUUCGCCAUGUUUCGUCCUGAAACAGCAAGAAACAACAAGUUUUCACGGUCCAACAAACCGACAGAAAGCGAAACCUUUAGGAGAAAGCAAACAUACCCUGAUGCAUCCCGUCCUCG